AUGGCGACUCUCCGUCACAGCGUCAUGGCGGCCCGACGCACCGUCUUGAGACCCCAGCAGAUCACGGCGCAUCCCAUCCUCCUCCUUCCGUCGUACCGUCACAGCAGCAGCAGCAGCAACUCGAGAGCCAGCACUGGCGCCGGCGACCCUUCUGCUCCACCUUCCCGCGAGCUCGGCGUCGGCGAGCUUGAGGGUGCCCAGUUUCGCAUCGAGCCGCUUCGCCGCACAGGCGAGGACGACGGGACCAAGCGCGCACGCCUCGUCUACCAGUCGCGCAAGCGCGGCACUCUCGAAUCCGAUCUCCUCCUCUCCACCUUUGCCGCGAAGCAUCUCCCCACGAUGGCCGGCCCCCUGCUCAACGAAUACGAUCGUCUCCUGGAUGAGAACGAUUGGGACCUCUACUACUGGGCGACGCAGCGCGAACCCGCCGAUGGCUACAUGUCCACAAACCCCUCUGAUGACGCGGCGGCGACGUCCAUGCCCACGUCCAAACCUGACGAUGACGCCCUUGUCCGGCCGUCCCCCCCCGUCGGCGAAUGGGCGCAAACAAUAGGCAACUUUAAGCCCGCGUACCGCCCGGUGCCCACCCGAUGGCGUGGAAGCGAAAUCCUUUCGCUCUUGAGGGAGCACGUGCGCGAGCGAAGCGUCGAUGGUGGUGAUGGUAACGGCAGCGGCAAAGGCAUGGCCUUCAUGCCUGCCCUCGAUGAGAAGUAG